AGCUAAAUUUGACCUUAAAAUCUCAGAAAGCAAAGAAACCAUUACUACAAGCAACCUCUCUUCGAUUUUCUUUGUUUACUUGCUUUUGCCCAAGAAAUGUCGUCGUUAAUCUCCGGCAUUAAGGGGACCACCCAAUCCCUCACCGCACUCCGCCGUCCGUGGCGGGAUUUCUUCGACAUCUCGACCGUCGACCUCCCGUCUUCCACCUCCGACGCUACCACUCGAAUUGCCCAAAAUUUAACCCAUUUCCGCCUUAAUUACACCUUAAUCCUCCUCUUAAUCCUCUUCUUAUCCCUAAUCUACCAUCCUCUUUCUCUCCUUACUUUCCUCGUUAUCCUCCUCGCUUGGUUCUUCCUCUACUUCGCCCGCGAUCGCGAGGAGCCUGUCGUGAUCUUCGGUUUCUUUAUCGACGACCGCAUAGUUAUCGCCGCGCUCUUCGGGUUGACCGUGGCAGGACUGGUUCUGACCGGCGUUUGGGUCAAUGUCCUGGUGGCGCUGGCCGUCGGGGUUGGUUUCGUGAUCUUGCAUGCGGGGUUGAGGAGUACAGACGACUUAGUAAUGGACGAUUUGGAGUCGCCGUACGGACACGUGCUUGCUGGUGGGGAUGACGAGCUUGAUAGCCCUAGAGGAGAUUACUCUGGUAUUUGAUUCUUGGGUUUCUUUUUUCCCCCUUCCUUUAGUUGACCAUAGUACAUUUGUGGAAUUGUUAUGCUCUGAUUACUCUGGUGGGGAUGACGAGCUUGAUAGUCUCAUUAUUGACAAUGAAAAAAUAUCCGAAAUUACCGGGUCUCCCCGCCCCCCCCCCCCACCCACGAACUCUUGCAUAUUUUCAAUAUUCUUGAACUGUUAUGCUCUGAAAUUAGAUUCAAAUGAAAGUGGUUGCUGUUAUUUUGGUUGAAUUUGGAAAGAAGCAAAAUUUAAUGUAAUGAUAGUGUUAGGGUUCUUUA